UAUAUUAUUGUUGAACAUUUUUUACAAACAAUUAGUCGGUUACAAGAUAUGAAUGAGGACCACGUCGUUUACUCUCGAGGUCCUGGCCCUACUCUUCCUGACACUCAUUCCAUGGCCGGGACCCUCUGUUUUCAAAAUAACAUGUUCUCGUGACAACUCGAAAAUCGUAAGGAAAGUAAUACAAAACAAAUGGCUUCCGGUUUUAGAAAGGUUCCAGGUAAAGUUACCUCUCGAAUGUCCGUUUCACCCCGCACGGGACAUCUUUGCACCUCAACAUGCGGCCAAACUUCAACACCGCUCAUCCCAGUGGACAUGUGCUUUCUGCGGCAAAUCCUUCUACGAAGAACGACACCUUGACGCGCACUUUGACCAGCGACAUAAGACUCACAUUAAUAAGGCCGAAGAUGCAGUAUGUUUAGCAGAUUACUGUGAUAUAAUGCGAUGUCAGGUACUCAUCGCACACGGGUUGCUAAGCGACGGCGUCGUACCCAGUACAGACGUGGAAGUAUGGCAAGAUCUGGAGUCAGCGAGAAAAGCCCUCGCACCAGCUGCUACUAGGAGUAUCGCUAAAGUACCAAGCCGUCGUCGGCAUAGAGCGAGGGCACCUCCGCCGAUACCAGUACCUGACUGUCCACGAACAGAGGCGGAUACACAAGAACCAGUAGAAACUCCAGAAGAAAAGAAAAGAGAAGAAAGCGACGGUGAUACAAAUCAAACGGCAGAACUAUGUGACGCUGACACCGUUGAAUCAUCUCUGCCUCCGGACAGCCGGCAAAAGAGGCUUGCCGAUUUACAGGCAGAGCGUGCUGCUUGCGACCCUAAUAAACUUCAGGGCUUAAAGGUCCGCUGUGAAAAGGUUGUGCAUUCGUGUAUCGCGACUCUUCUUUUACAUUUAACACAACCCCAAUUUACUGAACUUGAAGAAGAGAUGCAGCGCGCUGUUUGCUGGUACCUGAGUUGUGACCGUUACUGGGAGGACACGACGCCGGCUGCUCGAGCUUUUCCUUGGCCACUGUUGUUGGCACUGGCCACUGGACUUGCGCUAGCUUUAUGCAUGUGCUACUACAUCAUAUGGAUUGUAUUUGACUCAGAAGAGGGUAGCAUAGCGGGUAGCGCGUCUGUAUCUAUGACGACACACUCUUCGCCGGCUCGUGCCGAAAGGCUCGCGGGCGAGGACGCCAUGUUGGAUGACGAACACGACGACCAUUAUAUUUACGUUACAUACCCGCCCGAGCUGAAGCGGAGGCUGCUAGAAAGCUGCUACAAUAGAACGACUCGUCUUUGAGAAACGACCGCUCAUCUAAUUUCGUCGUGCAUGGUUUUUAGUUAAUAAAUAGACAUAUUGGUAUGUAGACAUUAGAACAAAGACAGUCUGAUUUAGCCAAAUGUACCUAAUGUAAUCGUCUUCUGUGCCUUCAUUUGAUUUUAUUUUGUAUAAUGUAACGUAUUAAAUUAUGAUGAAUCUAUAGUAAAACGUACUCCCUCCUACUACUGUUUAAUUUAUGUGAUAUUAUAUUAUACUUACAUUGUAUCAAAACAGAACUAUCUUUUUCUUAUUCUUUAUUCUCAUUGCGCUCGCUAAGUUUCUUUUAAUAAUAAUUAAUAGAAAGCAAAUGAUAAGGUACAGAAAAUGAUUAAAGUCCAAUACACAAAUUGCUCGCACAAUAGAAUACUUAUUUACCUAAAUAGUUUAAAAUCAAAACUUUUAUAAUGUAAAUUUCAUGUAAUUUUUAAGUUUAGAGUUUGUAAAAUUUUAUUUAGAAGUAGUUUGCUUAUUGAAUAAAAAUGGUGCCUAUUUUGUAUAAACAUAGGGAAAUGUAGCGUUCACUUUUUAUAGGUACUAAAUAGCUGUUUGUUUAAAUAGUUUGUUUUUAAUAAAAAACAAAUGGGUUUGGCUUUGUAUUUGUAUAGUGUUAUCGUUUAAAGCAUUUGUAAACCUAAUCAGUUAAUUGACAAAAUCAAUACUGAGAUACUUGAUUAAAAUUAACUACAUUUCACGGAAUCCUUUGUAAUUAGUUUUUAUCGGAUUUGUUUAGUGUUAUAAUAUAUCUGCGAUUACAUCUUGUACCUGAUAAUUAAAACGCCAUUUAAGAAUUGUAAGCGUUUUAAAACACGAACGAUUAGAAUUAAUAUUUCAAUGGCAAUAAGACUCAGUCGUUCAUUUGAAAACUUUUGUGCAAUUAUUAACUUUUUUUAUUGUCUUUGAUUGGAUCGAUGGCUUUUUUUUUUUUGAUAAUAUUCUAUAUUUUUAUUAUUUAGGUAACAACAUAGAUGACUGAGCUAUGUUUGUUAUUAUUAUAAAAGCUUAUUGUUAUAAUUUAUUUACCUUUAUGAUUUUUAUAUUUAUGAAAGAUUUCAGAAAAUAUAUGGACCUUCAUAAAUAAGUAUAAUGUGUUCUUAUUUUGUUGAUAUAAUGCUUCAAUGAGACUGAAGAACUCAUAAAGGAUAGUGUUAAAAUUUUAAGAUAAAACGUACUUUUUA